AUGCAAGAGUUUGCCACUGAAAUAGGGUUCAAGUUGGUUACUUGCAUACCUUACUACGCCCAAGCAAAUGGCCAAGUCGAGACAGCCAACAAAGUGAUAAUUGGUUUAAACAAAAAACACGUUGCCAAGAAACCUAAGAAUUGGCACAAGACAUUAGACCAAAUUUUAUGGGCUUGUCGAACAUCCCUAAAAGAGACAACGAAUUUGACGCCUUUCCGUUUAACAUUUAGGCACAAUGAUGUGUUGCCAACAAAGAUUUUUUUACAAUCAGUUAGGGUGCUAUGGCAAAAUGACAUCCCUUCGAAACAAUAUUGGAGAUUGAUGUUCGACGAAUUGACUAAUUUAGACGAAGAAAGGUUGGCUGCAAUAGACGUGUUGAUACGACAAAAGGCGCGUGUGGCCAAAGUAUACAAUAAAAGGAUUAAGAUGAAAACCUAUGCAAUAAAUGAUUACGUUUGGAAGGAGAUGGGUAUUGAUUAA